AUGUCUGACACUUCCGGCAAGCCUAUCAAGUGCAAGGCCGCCAUUGUUUGGGCUGCGAAGGAACCCCCAGUUGUCGAGGAUGUUGAGGUUGACCCACCAAAAGCGAAUGAAGUAAGAAUCAAAAUCUUAUACACUGGGAUUUGUCACACGGACGAGUACACUCGAAGUGGGAAGGAUCCUGAAGGUGUCUUCCCUGCGAUUCUGGGUCAUGAAGGGGGAGGAAUUGUAGAAUCCGUUGGACAAGGCGUAACAGACGUUCAACCGGGAGAUCAUGUCAUUCCUCUUUACACUGCUGAAUGCAAAGAGUGCAAGUUCUGCACAAGCGGGAAAACAAACCUCUGCAGCAGCGUACGUGCGACUCAAGGAAAAGGCUUGAUGCCAGAUGGGACAGUUCGUUUCCAUUCCAAAGGCAAAGAUAUAUUCCAUUUUAUGGGCACGUCCACUUUCUCUCAAUAUACCGUCGUUAGCAAAUACUCCGUCGUCAAAGUCAACCCUCAGGCUCCCCUCGAGAAGGUAUGCUUACUCGGUUGUGGGAUUACAACUGCUUGGGGAGCGGUCACAAAACUUCCCAGUGUUGUGAACUCUUCAGUGGCCGUCUUCGGGUGCGGUUGUAUCGGUUUAGGUGUUAUCAACGGCGCUGCUCACCUCAAAGCCUCUCGUAUUAUCGCAAUCGACACGAACCCUAACAAAGAAUCAUGGGCAAAGAAGUUUGGCGCUCACGAGUUCAUAAACCCUAAUGAUUUGGGCGCAAAGAGGAUUCAGGAUCAUCUCGUCGAGAUUACGGAUGGCGGUCUAGACUUCACGUUCGAUGGCACAGGAAAUGUGGAUGUAAUGCGUGUUGCCCUCGAGGCGUGUCAUAAAGGCUGGGGCAUCUCGACCAUAAUUGGCGUGGCGCCUGCCGGGGCGGAGAUAUCUACUCGUCCUUUCCAGCUCGUCACUGGUCGUACUUGGCGUGGUACCGCUUUCGGUGGCAUCAAGGGCCGUACGGAGCUUCCUGGUUUGGUCGAAGACUAUCUUGCGGGAAAGAUGAAGGUCGACGAAUACAUUACACAUCAGCGAACUCUGAAGGAUAUCAAUGAGGGGUUCCAUGAUAUGCAUACCGGAGAUUGUAUCCGCUGUGUUGUUGAUAUGUGGGUGGUAUGAAUAUUUCACCAAGAACGAUUUGUACAUUAUUCCGACGUUACGCCAAACGAAUCCACUUGUGCCCUGCCAAGAAGUCCAUCGGUUUGUGGCUAUCUAGGAGUAGAAUUCACCAUUGAUAUGUAGCAUACUAUACGAGAACCCAUGGUGCACAGUAUCCAUGGGGCCGUUAUGUGAUCCGACGCAAUGAUUCCCGCUUCUCCGACGGUGAGGAAUUUAUGUUUUCUUUCGAAGGUUCUGUGGCGUAUGUGCUUAUUGUAGAGGGAAUAACGUACUAUGUCGCCUGCGUUGUCGGGGCAGGUGUGACGGGUGU